GCUCCUACAAAUCGGAAGAGAUAUCUGGAAGCGUGCACAGGCUGGUUUCGUGCAUCCGUACCCGAAGGAGCAGUGUCACGUCUCAGACAGCUUCCCACGGCCAUCCCGGCUGGCGCAGCCGCGCGUAUUACGCGGCAUCUGGGCACGGCGGAGCAUCGGCUCCUCUCUGGGGAGGGGAAGGGGCUCAGCUAUUAAUGACCGCUGACAGGCAGCACCAUGUCAGUGUGACAAUCGAGCAGCUGAACGAUGCACCACUAACCACCACGGAAACAAGAAGAAAUAAGAGCAGCUAGCGAGCAUCUCUCUGCCCCCCGCCCGCCCCCACCCCGCCACUUUCUCUCUCCACUGGAUUGCGAGCCUCAGAGAGCCAGGCAGCAACAGCGCUCUGGCAAAGGCAAGGCAUCUCAGCUGGCAGCACAGAGUGUCUCUCAUGUUGUAGGAUAUCAAUAGAUACAUCUUUGUACUAUAUAGACCGCUAGACAUCGAUUCACACCCAUACAUACAUGUAUGCACAUCUAUUCAGACUCUGGCAUUAAUACAAGAAUGUGGCUACCUGAAGUAAGGAUUCAAAAUUACUGAGAUGCAAGAACUCCUUCAGCUCUGAAACUAUUCCUAUUAUAGGGUCAUCCUGUCAUUCCAGCAAACACUAAUCAAUCAUGGGAUUUGAAGUUAAUAGUACUAAAUAAAUGAAUUGCUUAAUCUCCUAUGACCAUCUAUACAUGCUUCAUCUUCACAAAGCUCAUCAAUUUUAUGUCAUCAAGGACAGUGACCUUCAUUUCCACAAAAUGCCUCUUACUACUGGACAACUUGGUUACAAAUUUAUCACUUAACCUCAGGAAGAAAGACCUUCAUGAUCAUCAUUUGAUAAAUGCAAGUGUGUAUUUUAUUAAUUGACCAAGUCAUAGUGAAUUCCGAGACCGUAAUUGUGGAAUACUGAAGGGUCUGUUACUUUUUUUGAAUAUUUGAGCUAAGAUGAAGGACAUACAAAUCAAAAUUAAUUUACUUCUUGGUCUAGUUACCACUUCACUACUACAAACGGUAGGAAAAAAAGCAGACUGCCCAGAGUCCUGUGUAUGUGAGAUCAGACCAUGGUUCACUCCCAGGUCUGUGUACAUGGAGGCUCCAACAGUGGACUGUAAUGAUUUAGGCCUUUUUAGUUUUCCAGCAAGACUGCCUGCCGACACACAAGUUCUACUUCUACAAACUAAUAAUAUUGCAAAAAUUGAACAUUCAGUAGAUUUUCCAGUGAAUUUAACUGGUUUAGAUUUAUCUCAGAACAAUUUAUCUUCAGUGACCAGUCUUAAUCUUAGAAAGAUACCACAGUUACUUUCAGUGUACCUUGAAGAAAACAAACUUACUGAACUCCCUGAAGAAUGUCUCUCUGGACUCAACAAUUUACAAGAGCUUUAUAUUAAUCAUAAUCUGCUUUCUGUGAUUGCACCCGGAGCUUUCAUAGGCCUCAAUAAUCUUCUCAGGCUUCAUCUCAAUUCAAAUGGUCUGCAAAUGAUCAACAGAAAGUGGUUUGAAGCUACUCCUAAUCUUGAAAUUCUCAUGAUUGGAGAAAACCCGAUUAUCAGAAUUGAAGACAUGAAUUUCAAGCCUCUUAGCAAUCUGCGCAGCCUAGUUUUAGCAGGUAUAAAUCUCACUGAAAUACCAGAUAAUGCUUUGGUUGGCCUUGACAACUUAGAAAGCAUUUCCUUUUAUGACAACAGAUUCGUUAGAGUGCCCCACAUUGCUCUUCAAAAGGCUACAAAUCUUAAAUUUCUGGACCUAAAUAAGAAUCCCAUUAACAGAAUACGACGAGGAGAUUUUAGCAAUAUGCUGCACCUAAAAGAGUUAGGAAUUAAUAAUAUGCCUGAACUGAUUUCUAUAGAUAGCCUUGCUGUUGACAAUUUGCCAGAUUUAAGAAAAAUAGAAGCUACCAAUAACCCCAGAUUAUCAUACAUUCACCCCAAUGCAUUCUACAGACUUCCCAAGCUGGAAUCGCUCAUGCUCAACAGCAAUGCGCUGAGUGCCCUGUACCGCAGUACAGUAGAAUCCUUGCCUAACCUCAAAGAAGUCAGCAUACACAGCAAUCCCAUUAGAUGUGACUGUGUCAUCCGCUGGAUUAACAUGAAUAAAACAAACAUUCGCUUCAUGGAGCCAGAGUCUCUGUAUUGUGUAGAUCCUCCAGAAUUCCAGGGUCAGAAUGUGAGACAGAUACACUUCCGGGAAAUGAUGGAAAUCUGUCUCCCUCUGAUAGCUCCUGAAAGUUUUCCUUCUACUCUGGAUUUAAAAGCUGGUAGCCAUAUUUCCUUACACUGCAGAGCAACAGCAGAACCAGAACCUGAAAUCUACUGGAUAACACCCUCAGGACACAAACUUUUGCCUAAUACUAUUUCUGAUAAAUACUAUGUUCAUUCCGAAGGAACUUUAGAAAUAAGUGAUGUAACACAAAGAGAAAGUGGCUUAUACACAUGUAUAGCAACAAAUUUAGUUGGGGCAGACCUAAAGUCAGUCAUGAUUAAAGUGGACGGCUCUUUCCCUCAGGACAGCAAUGGAUCAUUAAAUAUUAAAAUAAAAGACAUAAAAUCUAAUUCUGUUUUGGUUUCAUGGAAAGCAAGUUCUAAAAUUCUGAAGUCCAGUGUUAGAUGGACAGCCUUUCUGAAAGCUGAAGACUCUCAGGCUGCACAGAGUGCUCGAAUACCAUCUGAUAUGAAGGUAUAUAAUCUUACACAUCUAAAUCCUUCAACUGAAUACAAAAUUUGUAUAGAUAUUCCCACUAUCUAUUCACAGAGUAAGAAACAAUGUGUCAAUGUAACCACAAAAGGACUGGACUUGGAAGUGAAAGGCUAUGAAAAGAACAACAUAAUAGGAUUCCUUGCCUGCCUUGGUGCCCUUUUGGGAAUCAUCUCUGUGAUAUAUCUCUACAGCUGCAUCUCACAAGAUACGAACUAUGGCAUUGGACACAGCUAUCUAAGGAAUUAUGUGAAGAAACAAUCCUUUCAACUCAAUGAGCUUUAUCCUCCUCUAAUCACUCUUUGGGAUAUGGGCAAAGAAAAAAGCACAGCAAUGGAAGUAAAAGCAACUGUAAUAGGUGUACCAAACAAUAUGUCGUAAAUAUGUCAGUAUAUCACUCAAUUUCUGGAACAAAAAACCCUGACUGCAUUUGUGUUGGACAAAAAGGCAACAAUAAAAAGUAUUUCUCUUAGGAACUAGAUGCCUGGACUUUGCUGCUGCCAACAAAUGGGAAUAUAUACUGACUAUAAGAGAAGAAUUUUAACUAACUGGCUUCUAAGGGUAUUCUACCAACCAAAUACAAUUAACUUCAUAUUCUAGAACUUUCAUGGGACUUUUAAGUCUGGAAUACAGUGGAAGUAGCCAAGAGCAUUUUCUGUUUUUUUUUUUUUUUUUUUAAAUUAUUAUAUAAAAGUAGUGGAACUGAGCAAUACCUCCUCCUGUGCUGUAUUACACACACUAGCCACGAGUUUUUGCAGUGAACAGAUAUACUAGGAUUGACAUAUGGUGUAAUGAAAUGGACAAAUUCUGUAGAGUAGACACAGUGAGUAUGUGAAUUUUUUUAAUGAGAAAAUACAUUUUUGAUUAAAAUCAAAAUA